CAUUUCUGAACGCGACCGCGUUGACAGGUCUGCUCUUUUUAUUGUCAUAUGGACAAGCCAGCGUACAUUCCUCUCGCUCGCGGCUCGCAGUGUUCAUCUCCUUAUAUAGUGAAUCGGGACACCGAAGAGAAGAGGAGGUAGCCGCUGUUAUCAUGAGCAACACGAUUACCCAGGAGGCUUACGACGAAGUCGUCAGAGAAUUCAUGCAGGAUUUCCUCAUGACUGCUGAAGAAGCUAUCGACGACGCCGUCAGGCACUUCGAAACUCAGGGAAUAGACUUGAACAACAUCGUCAAAGAUUUAGCCCUCUCAGACAAAUAUGAGCCGAUAAUAACGUGUUUGGAACGACUGAGGUUUGCUGUGAGAGACAAGAGUUACGAGCUUGUGCCCGACACAUUGCAAGAAUUGCGCGCCGAAUUGGACAAGGACAUCGGACACAAAGUAUUCGCGGGCAAGCAGAAGUGCUACAAAAUCCUAAUCGAUCUCUUGAAAGAUUGCCGAAAGAACCACGCGAUAGUCAAAUCCACGCUAAAGACGAUCACAUCGUUAAUGACCGGCAACCCGGACUUACUGGAUGACGACGGUGUUGCGCUACAGAUAGAGAUCUUAGACAAGUAUCACGACAUUGCGACAUUGCAGUGUUUAUUGCGUUGGGUACGCGAAUGCUGCAUAAAACACGAACUGAACAGACAAAAAAUCUUCAAUGCCAACAUCUUUGAGAAACUCAAGAAAAUAUUAGUACGCGAAGAUGCAAACGUGGCCGAGAUCAAAGACGCGUGCUCUGUCAUCAGAGCCUUAGUCUUGGAUGACGACAUCAGACACGAAUAUGGAAAGGCUCACGAACAUGCGACUGUCAUCGCGAAGGGCGCUCUUGAUAUUCUCACAGGAUUGCUAUCAAGAUUUAAAAAAGACAAAACUGUAGUGGGCGACCUGAUGAUCACGUUGGCCGCAUUAAUCGUUAGAAAUGAAUUCUGUCAAGAAGUUGAGGACGCUGGCGGAUUGAAAUUCGUUCAGGACAUAAUGAUCGAUUAUCCGGACUCAGAGAAAUUAAAUUGGCAAGCUUUGAAGUUGCUCAAAGCGCUUGCUGGCAACGACAACGUGAAAUCUCAUAUCGUGACGUCUGGAUGCGCGCCUCUAAUCGUAUCUGCCAUUAGCAGAAUGAAAGCGUCGGAGUACGUCGUGACUGCAGGAUUGGGUUGCAUAUCCGCGUUAUCCUUGCGAAGCACUUCUAACGCUGGCGUAUUCUACGAUUGUGGUGCACCUCAGGUGGUUAUAGACGCUAUGAAGGCUUAUUCGAAGAAUGUGAACGUCUUGAGACAAGCCUGUUGGGCGAUCAGAAACAUGUCGGUGCGGAAUAAGUCCGAGUCAACGGAAUUUGUGGCUUACGGCAUCGAAGAAGUGCUGCAGAGUACAUUACGUCUGCACGGACCUAAAUUGGAAAAUGACGCGAAAGCUGCGUUGAGAGAUCUUGGCCUCAAGGUAGACCUAAAGGAGAGAUGGACAGGGAAAGGCGUCAAUCUAAAUAACGAGCGUCAAUGAUUAACUACUGGCGAAAUAUAAUAUUACAACUAUCUAUCACUGAUACCUCGCUAGUUUGAAUUUUCGCCUUGCCUCAUCUUGCGAUGCGACGCGUUAUUUAACGAGUCUUUAUUAAUGUACUUAAGAUACGUUUGAUCUUAAGUAUUUCGAAGCUCAACGUAAUGAAACGAGAGAAUAUGCGCUAUCGAACUUUGUUAAAAACUGCAAAGCCUCGCAAUUCUAUGUAAUAAGACUUUAAUAAAAGCCUUAGCUUUACGAGAAACAUGUUUGACAAAUGAGAUCAAACUGAGUUUAAACUUGAAAACUCAAAGCGUUUUCAAAGUCCCCUGCGGUGCCUAACAACUUUUCUCGUUUCUCGUGACAAACUGUACAGAGUACAUCGGGAUCUCAUGCAAUGCUUCAAACUUGAAGUUGCAAUACUCUUCCGUAACACUGCCAGCAGCUUUCACGUGUAUUACGUAUUUAUACUUAAUAAUUGUAUUAAACUACCUUUAUUUAUACAGGAUGUUUGGAAAGUUCCGGAACGAUCUGAUAUUUCGGAACAAAAAUAUUUUACAAAAAAUCAUGCGUACAAAAAUACUGGAAUAAAAUCAUUGAGAAGUAUAUACUUUGCGAGAUAUUUUGUCUUGAUAUUUCCCAGUAUAAGAUAUGAGAUAUCUCGAAAAGUAUUCCCUUUUUGAUGAUUUGUCUUAUUACUUUUAUACGCAAAAUGAAAAAUCUCUAGGAAUCAAUUUAUAUUAAGAAAAGAAUUAUAUAUGAUUUCAUUCAAAAAAUUCAAAUUGAAAAAAUUUUGGCACGUCCGCCACAAAGUCAAGUCAAUAGCACCAUCAUUCGUCCUCUUUGAAAUUCUAAACUUUAAAACUUUUGUCUAAAACAUCUUUUUGUGAAAUGUUUUUUUCUGAAAUAUUAGAGAAUUCUGAAACUUUUUAAACAUCCUGUAUCAUAAUAACGGUUACGUGGCCCACGGGAAUUGAGCAAUUAAUUUUCCCUCCAGACUUAUAACACGCGCGGAAUAUAUAAACGAAAAGGGGGUUAUUGAAACUUGCUAAUCAAGAUUAUUGGUACGAUGGACUACUUAAAUACUAAGUGAUAAAUAUUGCUGAGCUGAAAAAAGACAUGAGCUAACGAUCGAACAAAGUAUCGAUAAUAUUUAUAUAUCGUUUUUUGUAAAUUGUUUUUAUAUACACGUAACAAGAAAUUUUUUUGUACAUUAUAUUACUGUAACACUAGAAUUGAUACGAUGAAUAAAAGCUAAUUUUGAAAUAGUA